AUGGCCAACCUGAAGCAUCUGGAAACCACGGCAGAGGAAGUGCUGCGGAAACUGAAGAACCAACUGCUCCUGUCCAAGUGGGGAGACGCUUACCUCAUUUUCUCCCUCAUUGUCCUGGGCAUUCUAUUGCUCCUGCUGCUGAUUUCCAUCAAGUGCUGCUGCUGCUGCUGCUGCUGCCGCCGCCGCCACCACCUACCCUCCAGAUCCCAGAUAACAAGUGCCAAUCAGAACUCCACGGGACUGAGUAGCAUGGCUCUGGAACCAUGA